GAUCUAUCAAAAUUAUUGAAGAUACGUUUACUUUGAUGUUGCUUGGAAUUCUGUUUUGUUUUGCUUUAUUGUUCACUGUGCAUGGAUUUUUAAUCGUCACUGUAAUAACACAAGGUUAUGAUCUCUCUUUCUCCCGAUUUCUUUUCAUUGCUAGUGCUUCUGUCGCUGCAUUCGCACACAUGUGUUUAUACUGUAUCGUAGGUGAAAUUUUAGUCACUCAAUGCAACGAAAUUUUUGAGGCCGCAUGCGAAUACAAGUGGUACAAAUUGGAGCCACGGAAAGCGAAAACUUUAUUGAUUCUAAUGAUUCGGGCCAAUAAACCGCUAUAUAUUACUGCGGGGAAAUUAUUCCCUAUGACAAUGUCUACGCUUUGUAAUCUGAUAAAGACUUCGGGCGGUUAUAUAUCAUUUUUGUUGGCCUAUCGUGAAUGAAGGAAAGAUUUUUAGAAGUUUUAACGUACCACUUUAAU